AUGGCCAUUUCUGAACUUCGCUACAAGCAUGUGGUUGGCCAUUUGGAUGGGCGCCCUGGACCAAUUGGAACUCAAGGUCCAGCAGGUCCUGAAGGAUUUGCUGGUCCUACUGGUUUAUCAGGGUUGAAAGGAGACAGAGGCUUCCCAGGCCCUCUGGGACCAUACGGAUCAAAAGGAGAUAAGGGUCCCAUGGGAGUUCCUGGCUUUGUUGGCCUCAGUGGAAUUCCGGGCCACCCUGGACAACCAGGUCCCAGAGGUCCACCCGGCCUAGAUGGCUGUAAUGGAACUCAAGGAGCUGCUGGAUUUCCAGGCCCUGAUGGCUACCCUGGGAUUUUAGGACCACCUGGGCUUCCUGGUCACAAAGGUUCAAAAGGAGAACCUGCUCCUUUUAAAGACAGCAUCACAGGAAUGAAGGGAAAUCCUGGGCUGCCUGGACUGGAUGGAAUGGCUGGUCCAUCAGGAUCCCCCGGAUCUCCUGGAGAUGCAGGACCCAUAGGACCACCAGGCUUACAAGGUCCCCCAGGCCCCGCUGGACCUUCUGGUCCUGAUGGAAAUAUGGGGUUAGGUUUCCAAGGAGAAAAAGGAGUCAAGGGGGAUGUCGGCCUCCCUGGCCCUGCAGGACCACCUCCAUCUACUGGGGAACUAGAAUUCAUGGGAUUCCCCAAAGGGAAGAAAGGCUCCAAGGGUGAACCAGGGCCUCCAGGUUUCCCAGGCAUGAGUGGCCCUCCAGGUUUCCCGGAGUUUGGAUCUAUUGGAGAAAAAGGAGAAAGGGGAAUCCUUGGUUUGCCAGGACCUAGGGGUUCCAUGGGUUCAGAAGGAGUACGAGGACAGCCGGGGAGACAGGGAAAGAAGGGGACUUCUGGUUUUCCUGGGAUUAACGGGUUCCCAGGAAUUAAGGGUGAAAAGGGUGGCAUUGGUCUGCGAGGCCCAGACAUUUUCACCGAUGCAGAUGGUGCUGUGAUCUCAGGUUAUCCUGGAGACCCUGGUGUGCCAGGCCUCCCAGGCCUAAGAGGAGAUGAAGGCAUCCAAGGCCAACGUGGCCCUUCUGGCACCCCUGGCCUUCCAUCAUUAACAGGUCUUCCUGGUGCCCUAGGGCCUGAGGGAUUUCUAGGCCUGAAAGGAGACCAAGGAAACCCAGGACGCACCACCUUUGGGGAGGCUGGCCUACCUGGCAAAGACGGUUUUCCAGGUUUACCAGGCCUACCAGGACCAUCAGGCCCACCUCGCCACACAUUUGAGACUGGACCCUUGCCUAGCACAGAGCCUGGGUUCCCUGGUCUCCAAGGAGAAAGAGGUCAAAAAGGACAUCAGGGCCUCAAAGGAGUAAAAGGAGACCCUGGGUUUUGUGCUUGCGAAGGUGGGACCCCCAACAUUGGACCACAUGGGGAACCAGGCCUGCCUGGGACACAAGGUCUCAUUGGCCUUCCUGGUAUUAAAGGAACUAGGGGAGAUCCAGGCUCUAGGGGUGCACCUGGCCCAUUGGGGACUCCGGGGUUAUUUGGAUCUAGAGGUCAUACAGGACUCAAAGGAAAGAAAGGAGAACCAACCAUCAGUAGAGGAUCUAAACUGUCAGGGGACAAAGGUGAUCCUGGCCCCCAGGGGAUCCCAGGAAUGGCAGGAGCUCCAGGCAGGAAUGGAAUACCAGGUUUACCAGGCCUCCCAGGCAUUCCGGGAGAUAGUGGAUCUGGCUUCCCAGGAGAAAAGGGGUCACCAGGACUUCCCGGUGAAAAGGGACAUGAUGGUCCAACUGGACCACCAGGAAUUGGGCUGCCAGGACUUCCUGGGCCCCGUGGACUUCCUGGAGAUAAAGGAGUAGAUGGGUUGCCGGGGCAACAAGGUUUCCGUGAAGCUCAAGGAGUCACCUUGCCUUGUAUUAUCCCUGGGUCGUAUGGUCCAUCAGGAUUUCCUGGAGCUCCUGGAUUCCCAGGCUCUAAAGGAGCUCGGGGCCUCCCUGGAAGUCCAGGCAAGCCUGGCGCUCAUGGAAGUAAAGGAAAGCCCGGAAGUCCGGGGUUAAUUCAUCUCCCAGGACUGCCAGGAUUUCCUGGACCUCGUGGGGAGAAGGGAUUGCCUGGGUUUCCUGGGCUUCCUGGAAAAGAUGGCUUGCCUGGAAAGGCUGGCAGUCCAGGUUUAACAGGUUCCAAGGGAGCCACUGGUGACAUCUUUGGUGCCGAAAAUGGUGCUUCAGGGGAGCAAGGCCUACAGGGAUUGCCAGGGGACAAAGGAUUUCCUGGAGACUCUGGCCUUCCGGGACCCAAGGGUUUGAAUGGGAAGUCUGGUAUGCUAGGCCCCAAAGGUGAGAGGGGCAACCCUGGAUCACCAGGAUCACCAGGACAGCCAGGACCCACAGGGUCUAGUGAUCCACUUGGCAUCAAGGGCGCAUCUGGACUCCCAGGAGCACCAGGCCUUCCAGGCAUUUCAGGGCAAUCUGGAAAAAAGGGUCAAAGAGGCAACAUAGGUCAACCCGGGUCAACUGGAAAACGAGGUCUUCCUGGAAUAAAAGGCCUUCCUGGUUCUCAAGGGUCAGCUGGUUUCCUGGGAAGCCCAGGUUUCUCAGGAGUCACUGGGUUGCCAGGCAUCCCAGGCCAAAAGGGGUUUCCCGGAUUACCUGGCCUUCCUGGUAUCCCUGGAGCUGCUGGAAUAAAGGGAUUUCCUGGGUCAUUUGGAAAGGUGGGACAACCUGGACAGACUGGUAGUCCAGGUGAAAAAGGAGACAGAGGGGAUCCAGGGUCAAUCGGAGUAUCCGGCCCAAGACCUCCAAUGCUGAACCUUUGGUUCAAAGGAGAAAAAGGCUCCCGAGGUUCUACUGGAUCUGAUGGAUUUCCUGGACCUAGAGGUGACAAAGGAGAGCCUGGCAUCCCAGGGUUACCAGGCCAACCAGGAGCUCCUGGACAGUCCAGCACCAUCAAAGGACUCAGUGGGAGCCCAGGUUCCCCUGGAUCUGUAGGAAGAAUCGGAUUACCCGGCCUGAAGGGGUCCCCAGGGAUUACAGGUUUCCCAGGAAUGCCAGGAAAGAGUGGUUCUCAAGGUCGCAUUGGAACUUCUGGUUCCCUGGGAGCAACUGGUAUUCCAGGUAUAAAAGGAGAUCAAGGCCAAACAAUUGGCAUUCCUGGAAGUCCAGGACCCAAGGGACAGCCUGGUGAACUGGGCUUUAAAGGUGUAAAAGGAAAAGAUGGGCUAGUUGGUGACAGAGGUUACCCAGGGAACAAAGGUGAUGAUGGAAAAGUUGGUAUUGCAGGAGAUCCUGGUCUUCCUGGCUCCCCAGGACUUCAAGGGAUUUCAGGCAUGAGAGGAGACCUAGGCCUCCCAGGCUCCCCAGGCCAUCUGGGGUCAAUAGGCCGCCCUGGACCCUCUGGCUUAAUAGGACCUAAAGGGUUCUCUGGACCUCCUGGUUUACAUGGACUGAAUGGACUUCCAGGCACCAAGGGUACCCAUGGAACUCCAGGAGCCAGUAUCACUGGUGUUCCCGGGUCUGCUGGUAUGCCUGGUCCCAAAGGGGAAAAGGGAAUGUCAGGAAUUGUCAUCGGAGAUCCAGGAAAACAAGGUUCAAGGGGACAAAAAGGUGACCGAG